AUGAGCUUACUGAGCAUAGGCUCAUCCCAUCAAAACAUUCCCUUAAAAACUCUGGCCUUCAUCGAGGCCAGGGUUUACAAUUCAUCAGCUCAGAGCCAAGUUCCUCGACGGUCGUCCUCAUUAGGCCCGAUCCGAGAGGAACUUGGCUCUUCAUUAAAAUCACAAGCUCUGGCCAUUGCUAAGGCCAGAGCUUCGCAAACCAUCCUCGGGGCCGGUUUCCUCAAAGCCGCCCUGAUUC